ACUCGUUCGUUUUUUUUCUCUAUUUCCCCGGAGUUUUGACGGAAUCGCCUUCCGAAAUCCCAAUUUUAGGCUGCAGUUUGAGAGAAGGAGCAAAAGGGCGAUAUGGAGACAUUGAUUUCUCUGGUGAACAAGCUGCAAAGGGCCUGCACUGCCCUCGGGGACCAUGGCGAGGAGAAUGCUUUGCCGACUCUUUGGGACUCGCUCCCCGCCAUUGCCGUCGUUGGAGGGCAGAGCUCUGGUAAAUCUUCAGUUUUGGAAAGUGUUGUUGGGAAGGACUUCUUGCCUAGGGGAUCAGGAAUUGUUACUAGACGUCCUCUCGUGUUGCAGCUUCACAGGAUUAAUGAAGGCCAGGAGUAUGCAGAAUUCCUUCAUCUCCCAAGGAAGAAGUUCACUGAUUUUGCCCUAGUGAGAAAGGAGAUUUCUGAUGAAACCGAUAGGGAGACUGGUCGUAGUAAACAAGUUUCAACUGUACCAAUCUAUUUGAGUAUCUAUUCGCCAAAUGUUGUAAAUCUGACUCUGAUCGAUUUACCUGGGCUUACAAAAGUAGCUGUUGAGGGUCAACCUGACAGUAUUGUUGGAGAUAUUGAAAACAUGGUCCGCUCAUUUAUUGAGAAGCCUAAUUGUAUAAUUCUAGCAAUUUCACCCGCCAAUCAAGAUCUUGCUACAUCUGAUGCUAUCAAGAUCUCUCGUGAAGUAGAUCCUAAAGGAGAAAGGACAUUUGGUGUGCUGACUAAGAUUGAUCUUAUGGAUAAGGGAACUGAUGCUGUUGAUAUCUUAGAAGGAAAAUCCUACCGGCUACAGUUUCCUUGGAUUGGUGUUGUUAAUCGCUCACAAGCAGACAUUAAUAAGAGCGUUGACAUGAUUGCUGCUAGACGUAGAGAGCGCGAAUAUUUUUCCAAUGCACCCGAGUACAAACAUCUUGCUCAUAGAAUGGGUUCUGAGCAUUUGGGAACAAUGCUUUCAAAGCAUUUAGAACAAGUAAUCAAGUCUCGAAUUCCGGGUAUCCAAUCCCUUAUAAGUAAAACAAUUAUUGAACUUGAAGGUGAGCUCAGCCGUCUUGGAAAGCCAAUUGCUGCAGAUUCUGGUGGGAAAAUGUAUGCAAUUAUGGAGAUAUGUCGUGUUUUUGACCAGAUUUACAAAGAACAUCUUGAUGGAGUGCGCCCCGGGGGUGAGAAGGUUUAUAAUGUUUUCGAUAAUCAACUCCCUGCAGCAAUAAAACGCUUGCAGUUUGACAAACAUCUUUCAAUGGAAAAUGUGAGAAAGUUAAUUACUGAGGCAGAUGGUUAUCAACCUCACUUGAUAGCUCCAGAGCAAGGGUAUCGUCGUCUUAUUGAAUCUUCUUUGGUCAGUAUUAGAGGUCCUGCUGAGGCUGCUGUUGAUGCGGUUCAUUCGAUACUGAAGGAGUUGGUUCACAAGGCUAUAAAUGAAACCUCAGAGCUGAAGCAAUAUCCUUCUCUCAAAGUGGAAGUUGGAAAUGCUGCCGUUGAUUCAUUAGAAAGAAUGAGGAAUGAAAGCAAGAGAGCAACUCUUAAGCUAGUAGACAUGGAAUGUUGCUACCUGACUGUUGAUUUUUUCCGGAAGCUUCCUCAGGAUGCUGAGAAAGGCGGAAAUCCUACUCAUUCAAUUUUUGAUAGAUACAAUGACUCGUAUCUCAGGCGAAUAGGGACAACUGUUCUGUCAUAUGUUAAUAUGGUAUGUGCCAGCUUGCGAAACUCCAUCCCCAAGUCUAUCGUUUACUGUCAAGUGCGUGAGGCUAAACGCACCUUGCUAGAUCAUUUCUUUGCAGAGCUAGGAAAGAAAGAGACAAAGCAGUUGUCGUCAAUGCUCGAUGAAGAUCCAGCAGUCAUGGAGCGCAGGGCUGCUCUGGCCAAGAGACUGGAGCUAUAUAGAAGUGCCCAAGCUGAGAUUGAUGCAGUUGCAUGGGCCAAGUAGAUAACAUGAGGCCACAAUUCAUUCAUUCAUAAUUAUUUCUUUUUAUUGCCAAUUGCAAUAUUCAUUUGAUUUGUGAAGAAUACUACUGUUUUAUGAUCAGAAGAUCAUUUGUUAGUUACCAUGAGAUGUUUUAAUUCCCUGGUCUGUGAGUUCAUUAGAUGUUAUUUCCUGAAAAUACACAUUUUUGC